AUGGCUCGUAAAAGUACGCUCAAUCGCACGUUGAGAUUUGUGCUCACUUUGUGCGGUAUUUGGCCAGACGCGUCGUACGUUCUGCUCUACAGAACGUUCUGGAUCGUUACGACGACAAUGAUUUUAUUCUGCCACUACCGUUACUUUCUGACGCACGUUUAUUCGGCGAAACUUGUGGAUCUGAUGGACUGCGUAUCCAGCUUUCUGGCGUUUUCCAAAGUGAUAAUCAAAUGCGCGCUGUUCUGGCUGAAUCAGCGAAAAUUUGCCGAAAUCUUGGCGAUGAUAACGAAAGAUUGGAACGAUUGCGCCUCGUGUGAGAUCAGUAUGCGCAAGAUAACGAGCAAGGCGAAAAUAUCGGACCGAAUUGCAAACACGAUUAUCACUCUUCACACUGUGACGAUUUUUCUCUACUGUUUCGGCAUCAUCCUGGCGGAUGUCGACGUCAACGAUCACACGACGGAAUUACCUUUCGUGAACAAGAUCGAACUUCCGUUUAGCAUAAAGACACAACGAUUGUACAGAUGCGUGUUAAUGGCGCAAUUUUUUCAUAUGAUACUGAGCGCCUGGGCAGCUGGUAUAAUAAACGCUUUAUUGUUGACGUUGACUUUGCACAUAGCCGGCCAAAUCGACAUUCUGUGUCACUGGUUGUCACAAUCCAUGCCCUGCGAAGAUAAAACCGCACACGAGUCAGUUGUCAUAGCUACGAGCAAAAUCAUUCAGAAGCAUCAGAAAAUCAUCGAUUUUUCGGAAAAUGUUGAAAAUAUGUUUACGCACAUAGCGUUAGUUCAAUUUGUGACGAACACUAUAAUGAUUUGUUUGCUGGGCUUCCUUAUUGUAACGGCAAUCGGUAGUCCCAAUAUGAUGGAAGAGAUAUUAAAAUCCUCGUUCUUUUAUACCAUAACAAAUCUCGAAGCGUUUAUAUUUUGUUUCGCUGGAGAAUAUUUAAAUAACAAGAGCAAAGAAGUUGGUAUCGCGGCAUAUAACUGUGGGUGGUACAAUUUGCAGCCUAAAGACAGUCGUGUUUUGUUAUUUAUCAUCUUGAGAUCGCAGAAACAACUGAGGCUCACCGUUGGAAAAAUGAUGGAUCUCUCCUUGAACUCUUUCACAAGUAUUAUGAAUGCUUCGGGAUCGUACAUGUCGGUGCUGCUGGCGAUGCAAUGA